AUGUACCAAGUUCAAUCCAGCACCAGAAAAGCCUCCACCACCAGUCCCGAUCCGAUGAGCUUCAAACUCCCAAGCACAGAAUCCGAAGUAGCCGAACUACUAGCCAGUUCCAAAACCCCGCAAGAAAGACGCGAGAUCUUUCAAGCGCUUCUAGGCACUCAAUCCAACCCUAUCCCACCCUUACCAUCGAUACCUAAAUCAUCAAGCGGUGUACAUUUAAUUCCUAUUGGUCGAAAGAAACUUACCACAGAUCAUACUGGAAUCCAAGUCCAUCAUUCACCUUUUGAAGCUUUAAAAGAAACCUAUUCAAAUACACUUAAAACCUUACAAAACUUUCCAACCGCUUCAGUUUAUCGUCAAUCAGUCGAAAGUCUUACUCAACGAAACUUGGAGAUCGUUCUUAAACAUGAAGUGGGAAAAGCUGCUCAUACUUCUCAAGAGAUUGAAGAUUCAAUUAAAGCUUUGGAAAUCGAGUUGGGUGUGAACUUGGUUGAAGAAGCUAUUGAUCAAGCUAAAGAUGAACAUUCAUUGGUUCUUUCACUUUACGAUUCAGAAGCUUGGUCUGAUUUAAUUGAAAAACCAAGUCCUGGUCAAUGGGAUUCAUUCACUGUUCCUUCUUCUACUUCUUAUCCAAAAGAUUGA